CAGGGCUUUUUUACACACGUCAUUGUUUAGCUCAGCAGUCUUGUAAGUCUUAUAAAUGCAUAAUAUGACAAAGUUAAUAUAAGCAGCAGAUCGAAGAGGCUCAUUCGGAAGUUUGAGAAGUGAACAAGGUCACCAAUGUCUAAGCGAAGGUUGGAAGGAAAGGUGGCCCUUAUCACUGGUGCAGCUAGUGGGAUUGGUGAGGAGGCAGUGAGAUUAUUCACCGAGAAUGGGGCUUUUGUUGUUGUUGCUGAUGUUCAAGAUGAACUGGGUCAUCAAGUUGUUGCAUCAAUAGGUCCAGAGAGAGCAAGUUAUCACCAUUGUGAUGUAAGAGAUGAGAAGCAAGUUGAGGAAACAGUGAAUUAUACCUUAGAGAAAUAUGGUAGCUUAGAUGUCUUGUUUAGCAAUGCUGGAAUCAUUGGCCCCUUAACUGGCAUCCUAGACCUUGACAUCGAUGGUUUGGACAAUACCAUGGCUACAAAUGUUCGUGGAGUGGCUGCAACAAUUAAGCAUGCGGCACGUGUUAUGGUAGCUAGAAAUAUACGCGGAUCCAUCAUAUGCACCACAAGUGCAGCAGCCUCACUUGGAGGAACUGGUCCACAUGCUUAUACUGCAUCGAAACAUGCUCUUGUUGGCCUAGUCAAGUCGGCUUGUGGUGAGCUUGGUGCUUAUGGGAUUAGAGUAAAUUCAAUUUCCCCAUUUGGAGUUGCAACACCUCUUUCUUGUAGAGCUUAUAAUUUGGAACCAAGUCAGGUAGAAAGCAAUAGUUGUGCCUUGGCCAACUUGAAGGGUAUAGUGUUGAAGGCGCGGCAUGUUGCAGAGGCUGCUUUGUUUCUUGCUUCUGAUGAAUCAGCUUACAUCAGUGGCCAUAACUUGGCUGUGGAUGGAGGAUUCACGGUGGUUAAUCACAGUUUUUCAGCUAUCUAAAAAUACUAGUUUGUCACAGUUCCUAAGGAGCCAAUGUUUUAUGUGUGAUUGGCUUUAAUUAAUGUAAUAUUAUCAAAUUGAACUGGAUUUUCUUUUCAAGUCAAACCUUGUUACCAGCACUUCCCAUGUGCCUUUUCCUUGUAAUCUGCCAUGUUAUCUUAUUUCUGUUUUCCAUUUCAUAAAUCCAUCAAUCUUGUCUGCCUUUGUGUUAA